UAUUUGUACAGAGAGAAAUACGCUUCGUUAUUUUUAUCAAUUUAGCUCGCAUUUGAGCAUAUAAAUCAAAGCAAUUAAGCCACACAGACUUGUUGAAAUUCUAAAUUGUCGCACUUCUUGGAUUUUUUAAUUCGAAAACAAAUUGUAAUCAUGUCGUCGUAUCAAAAGCGCGCCCCUUUCAAUUUUGUUUCAAAGGAAGCAGCUGUUGGCUACUGUAUGAACUACAUGGUGACAAGAAGUCGUUUGACCAAUACACCACUCAAUGCAUCCACCUCCAGUAUGAGCAGCUAUGAGCUCAAGGCUAACAUCGAUGAUAUCAUCGAGAGACUUACACAGCCGCCCACCAUGGGCACCUAUCCAGUCACAAUGGCCAGCAAUCCGCAGCUGGCAGAGUAUGAAAUCAAAGCAAUUUGUCAGAGUGCGCGUGAGGUGCUGCUGAAAGAGUCUUCCCUACUCGAGCUAAAGGCACCCAUUAAUAUCAUAGGCGAUAUACAUGGACAGUUUGGCAAUUUGAUCAAGUACUUCAAGAUGACGGGUUUUCCACCAAAGACGAAGUAUCUGUUUCUAGGGGACUACGUGGAUCGUGGCAGACAAUCGAUAGAAACACUCACCCUUCUGCUGGCCUACAAGGUGCGCUAUCCGGACAGCGUCUUUCUGCUGCGUGGAAAUCAUGAAAGCGCCUGUCUGAAUCGCAUUUAUGGUUUCUACGAUGAGUGCAAGCGACGUUUCAACAUUAAGCUGUGGCGCUGCUUUGUCGAUUGCUACAACUGUUUACCCGUAGCUGCGGUGGUAGAGCAUAACAUCUUCUGCUGUCAUGGCGGACUUAGUCCGAGUUUGUUUAGCAUGGAUCAGAUACGUCAGAUCAAGCGACCCUGCGAAAUACCCGAACAGGGACUACUCUGCGACCUGCUGUGGUCCGAUCCGAGCAACAAGACCAUCGGCUGGGGCAUAAGCGAUCGAGGAGUGAGUUACACCUUUGGAAGUGAUGUAGUGCGCUCCUUUCUCGCACGGCAUGGCUUUAGUCUCAUCUGUCGCGCUCAUCAGGUGGUCGAGGAUGGUUACGAGUUCUUCGCAAAGCGGCAGCUCAUCACCAUCUUCUCAGCACCCAAUUAUUGUGGAGAGUUCGACAAUGCCGGCUCCAUGUUGUGCGUCGAUGAGGAUUUGCUUUGCACCUUCCGCAUACAGAAGCCCAUGAGCCGGACCUGUCCCAAUCUGAUGUUGCCCAACUUAUCCAAAACCAUAUCCAGCUUGUAGUCCAAUCUCAGAUUCGAUGUUGUGCUGUGUUGUUUUCCUUUUAACCUAUAAAUUCAUCAGCGACUCUUUCUCAUAGCAAAUUCUAUUUAUGGGAAAUUCUAUAAAAAAGCUACUCUAGUUUUUAUAUCUUUUAUUUUGUGCA